GCGGCGCUAAAGAUGGCGGCGCCCACGGGUCAGCGUGGGAGAAACUGAGCGUGCCCGGGCCUUGCGCUGUGGUGACUGGUUUCUGUCGCGACACGGUUACUGUCGCCGCCAUGUCGCGGCUUAUCGUGAAGAAUCUGCCCAACGGGAUGAAGGAGGAUCGCUUUAGGAAGCUCUUUGCUGCCUUUGGCACCCUCACUGACUGUUGCUUGAAGUUCACCAAGGACGGCAAGUUCCGCAAGUUUGGCUUCAUUGGCUACAGGACUGAAGAUGAAGCUCAGACAGCACUGAACCAUUUCAACAGAAGCUUCAUAGACACCUCUAGAAUCACAGUUGAGUUGUGCAGGUCUUUUGGUGACCCUUCAAAGCCCAAAGUGUGGAGUAAACACUCUCAGAAGCUCCCUGCCCCAGAAAAACAGCCAGAGAAACCUGUAGCAAGUGCAGCUUCUGCAAGCACAAAGAAGAAUAAGAAGAAGAAAGAUCCAACAGAAAACUUAAAGGAGCUGGAAGAAGAGAAAACAUUCCAGGAGUUCUUGGUGGUUCACCAGAAAAGGUCUCAGGUGGCCACUUGGGCUAAUGACACCUUGGCAGAGGAGCCCAAGAAGGGAAAAUCAAAGUCAGCAGCUGAUUAUCUCAACUUUGAUUCAGAUGAGUCUGAGGAGUUGACUGAGGAGGAGGAGGAGGAUGGGAAUGAACCCUCAGAAGAUGAGGAGGAAGCUAAAGCCAAGAAAGGAGGGAAGAAGGCAGCUACCAGCAAAGACCUCUCAGAUAUGGAUUACCUGAAAUCUAAAGUGGUGAAAGAUUCUUCCCCCUCAUCCAGUUCAGAGGAAGAAAUGGACAGUGAGGAGGUGGAAGAGGAAAGUGAGGAGGAGGAAGAAGAGGAGGAUUCAGGCAUUGCAGAAACCAUUGACACCCACCCAGAUAAAAGGGGGAAGCCAAAAGCCCAGCAAACACAACAAGAGACACCAGCAGGGAAGAAGAAAAAAGGAUCCAUGCUAGAGAACCAAGGCAGCUCAGCAGAAGGGAGCAGACUACACACAGUGAAGCUCUGUGGUGUCCCCUCAAACACCACUGAGCAGAAGAUCUGGGACUUCUUCCUGCCCCUGAAGCCAGUGGCAAUCCGAAUGGGAAACAAAACCCAGGGGAAAAACACAGGUUAUGUCUUUGUUGACUUCAAGAGUGAAUCAGAAAUGCAGAGGGCCUUGAAGCUAAAGAAAGAAUACAUAGGUGGCCGAUGCGUUCGGGUGUUCCGAUGCAAGGACACCCCCAAGGAAACUGUUACCACAAAACCUGAUAAGCAGCCAUGGGAAAGAAGGAAGAGAGAUGAUGAGGAGGAAGAAGACUUAUCUGAAUCAGGGAGACUCUUUGUCAGGAAUCUUCCCUUUACUAGCACUGAGGAGGACUUGGAGAAGAUCUUUUCCAAGUACGGACCCCUCUCAGAGAUCCAUUUCCCUAUAGACAGACUGACCAAGAAACCCAAAGGAUUUGCUUUCAUUACCUACAUGAUUCCUGAGCAUGCAGUGAAGGCUUAUGCAGAGAUGGAUGGGCAAGUGUUCCAGGGCAGGAUGAUGCAUCUCUUACCAUCCACAAUCAGAAAGGAAAAACCAGAAGAUGCAGAUGCAGAAGAGUCUUCCUACAAAAAGCAAAAAGAGGCCAAGGACAAAGCCAACAGUGCCAGCUCUCACAACUGGAACACGUUGUUUGUGGGGACAAAUGCUGUGGCUGAUGCCAUUGCUCAGAAGUACAACACCUCCAAAAGCCAUGUGCUGGAUCAUGAGAGUAAAGACAGCGUGGCAGUGAGGGUGGCUCUGGGAGAGACGCAGCUGGUCCAGGAAAUUCGCCAGUUCCUCAUUGAAAAUGGAGUCAGCCUGGAUUCCUUCAGUCAGGCUGCUGGACAGCGGAGUAAAACAGUGAUCCUGGUGAAGAACCUGCCGGCCAGCACGAGCGUGGCAGAGCUGGAGGAGGUCUUUGGCAAACACGGCAGCCUGGGCCGGGUGCUGCUGCCACAAGGAGGGAUCACAGCCAUUGUGGAGUUCCUGGAGCCAACUGAGGCCAAGCAAGCAUUCACCAAGCUGGCCUACUCCAAGUUUCAUUCUGUGCCAUUGUAUCUGGAAUGGGCUCCAAUGGGUGUGUUCCUCAGCCCAACUCCCCCCAAAAAAACCCUUGAGGCUCCAGAAGAGGAGAACAAAGCAGGGCUGGUACCUGGUGAAGCUACAAAAAGCUUGGAGGAAAAAGCAGCACAGGAUGAAGAAGAGGAGGAGGAGGAAGAAGAAGAAGAAGAGGAGGAGCAAAGCCCUCCUGGGUGUACCUUAUUCAUCAAAAACCUGAACUUUGCCACCACAGAAGACACACUGAAGGAGACCUUCUCCAAAGUGGGAGCUGUGAAGAGCUGCACAAUAUCCAAGAAGAAAGACAAAGCAGGCACUUUGCUUUCCAUGGGCUUUGGAUUUGUGGAGUACAAGAAGCCAGAGAGUGCCCAGAAGGCCCUGCGCCGGCUCCAGGGCUGCUCUGUGGAUGGCCAUAAGCUGGAAGUGAAGAUCUCAGAGCGAGCUGUCAGGCCUGCUGUGAAAUCAUCCCGAAGGAAACAAACCAUCAAGAAGCAGAAGACUUCCAAGAUCUUGGUCCGGAACAUCCCCUUCCAGGCCACUGUCAGGGAAAUCAGGGAGCUCUUCAGCACCUUUGGAGAGCUGAAGACAGUCCGUCUGCCCAAGAAAAUGGCAGGAACAGGCUCCCACCGGGGCUUUGGCUUUGUGGAUUUCGUCACCAAGCAGGAUGCCAAGAAAGCAUUCAAUGCCCUGUGCCACAGCACACACCUGUACGGCCGGAGGCUGGUCCUGGAGUGGGCAGACACAGAGGAGACAGUGGAGGCCCUGAGAAGGAAAACAGCAGAUCAUUUCCAUGACUCCCCAAAGAAGAAAAAACAAUCAGAGGUUUUGAAUGAAAUCCUGGAGCACCUGGAAGAGGAGAAGGACACAGAAGAGCCCAUGUAGCAGCUGCCUGGCAUCUGGCAAGGUCUCUUGCUGAUGGAUGCAGAGGGAGAAGCCUCAGCUGAGGAUUCAGUGGCCCAGCAGGCUUGUUGCCAGUGGAGCCCACUCACCCUUGGAUCCUGAAGGCUGAUGGAUGCUGCCUGCUCAGGUCUCAGUAUUCCCAGCUUCUUAAACAGACCUUGAAUUGGGAGUGAGAGGAAGAGCCCUUGGCUCCUGCCUGAGGAUUGCUUCAUAAAUCCAGGCUGGGAUGUGAUUCCCCUCAUCUCAGAAGCCUCCCCAGCCUGGGGAGAUGGACACUUGCCCUCUGACCCCCAGAGACUCUGCAGAACCCUCUCUCCAAGUCUCUACAAAAUGCUCAUUUGUGGACAUUAAAAACCACGAGGCACCUUUCAGGAGCUUUCCAAAGUGCCUCACACCCCUGGGCUCUUUGCUUUGGUUUCUUCACUACACCUUCAGCUCAGCUGGGGAGCUGUUUGCCUCUGAUGCAAGAAGGAUAAGCAGGCUUUGGGAGGGAGGCCUGGGCUUUGCUUUGUGCCUGUGUCACUGUGUCCCAGCGCUCAGGCAGUCUCCUCCCGCCUCUCCCCUUCCCUCCUCCCUCCUUUCAAAGGGAAAGAGGCUUUUGCUUUGCAGCCAGGGCCCCGUUUUACAUAUGUAGAGAGCUGAUAAAGUAUUUUCACUUCGCCCCUUUCCCCUCUGGGAAUCGCUGUCUCACGGCACAACUGUUUUGUCU